CGGAAGAGCGGUCGCCAUAUUGUCCAGGCAGGAGAGGGGUCCACGGUCGCAGCUGCAGGGGUAGGAAGGGGGACUGAGAGGAGAACGUUUCAGUGGAGAAUCAGUUACACGGACAGUUAUGUCAUUGUGAGUCUUCAUCGCGCCGCUUUGUGGAGGUUUCCCCCUCCUGCCUUUUAUUGCAGUACUGACUCCUGAUUAAGCCUUAAUAAGAUUCAACUCCGCUAACCAUGGAUCAGGAUUAUGAGCGACGACUUCUACGACAAAUUAAUGUUCAGAAUGAAAACAAAGUCCCUUGUAUGUCAGAAGUUAGAAGAACAUUAACACCUUCAAAUUCACCAGUGUCAUCACCAAGUAAAAGUGGAGACCGGUUUAUCCCUUCAAGAGCAGCAGCCAACUGGAGUAUAAACUUUCACAGAAUUAAUGAGAACGAAAAGUCACCCAGUCAAAACAGAAAAGCAAAAGAUGCAACCUCUGACAAUGGCAAAGGUUUUUGUGCAUUUCCCUUUGGCCUUUUGACAGAUGGGCUUGCUUAUUCUGCAUUACUUAAAAAUGAGCUUCUUGGGGCAGGAAUUGAAAAAGUUCAAGAUCCUCAAACUGAAGACAGAAGAUUACAGCCUUCAACGCCUGAAAAGAAAAGUUUAUUCAAGUACUCGCUCAGCACUAAACGGGCAAGUCCUGAUGAUGGAAAUGACAUUUCGCCUUACUCCUUAUCUCCUGUUAGUAAUAAAAGCCAAAAAUUGUUGCGGUCACCAAGAAAGCCAACUAGGAAAAUCUCAAAGAUUCCAUUUAAAGUUCUUGAUGCACCAGAACUUCAGGAUGACUUUUAUUUAAACUUAGUGGACUGGUCUUCUCUAAACGUUUUAAGUGUUGGACUUGGCACUUGUGUCUAUCUUUGGAGUGCUUGUACUAGCCAGGUGAUCAGGUUGUGUGACCUUUCUAUUGACGGAGAUUCUGUUACAUCAGUUGGCUGGUCAGAGAGAGGAAACCUGGUAGCUGUUGGAACACACAAAGGAUAUGUUCAGAUCUGGGAUACAGCUGCAGGGAAAAAAAUAUCUACACUUGAAGGACACUCUGCUAGAGUAGGGGCCCUUGCAUGGAAUGCUGAUCAGCUGUCAUCAGGAAGUAGGGACCGUCUUAUUCUCCAGAGAGAUAUCCGUACUCCACCCUUACAAUCAGAGCGCCGACUUCAGGGUCACAGGCAGGAAGUUUGUGGUUUGAAAUGGUCAACAGAUCACCAGCUUCUCGCAUCUGGAGGAAAUGAUAACAAGCUACUGGUGUGGAACAAUUCCAGUUCAGGCCCAGUACAGCAGUAUACAGAGCAUCUUGCAGCAGUGAAAGCUAUUGCCUGGUCACCCCAUCAGCAUGGUCUCCUUGCAUCAGGUGGUGGAACUGCUGACCGGUGCAUCCGUUUCUGGAAUACUCUUACAUCUCAGCCUUUGCAGUGCAUUGAUACAGGUUCUCAGGUGUGCAACCUUGCUUGGUCCAAACAUGCAAAUGAGCUCGUGAGUACUCAUGGUUAUUCACAAAAUCAGAUCUUGGUGUGGAAGUAUCCAUCGUUAACACAAGUAGCCAAGCUGACAGGACAUUCAUACAGAGUGCUAUACUUGGCAAUGUCACCAGAUGGGGAAGCCAUUGUAACUGGAGCUGGAGACGAAACACUCCGAUUCUGGAACGUGUUUAGUAAAACUCGUUCAACUAAGGUAUGAUACCUUGGGUAGCAACAAUGAUGUUAAAGCUGUACCAGAAAUCUUUGAUUUUGUUUAAAGAAUCAGUAUAUCCUAUAUUUGAUUCAUAAUAAAAUCAUGCUGUAUAGGAGUUGCUGGACCAGUUGAUUAUUGCAUCUUUACUUAAAGAUAUUGUAAAGCAUAGUUUGCUUCCCACAGAAUUAGAGGAGGGUUUGGAAAAAAAGCACAGUAUUGCAUCAAUGUGUCAAAACAUCAGCAAUUUAAAACAACAUUCUCAGAGGCAAUGGAAGAUAAUCUGCUUUGCUUUGUGGUUGAGUCCAGAGCUACAUUUUAGGUGUAAUUGCUUCUUGUCUACUAGUCAUUGUGAUGUCAAAGUGGAUUCCAUUGCGCUAACCCACCACAUGAAACCCAUCCGUCUACGUUGAGAUUUACAGUAGGCACCAUACAAAAUGGAGUUACUCGCAACCAUGACUAUGACCUAAUAAAAUACUGUGAGCAGCAUGACAAUUUGGGACCUUCAUGUCAAUAAAUAGGCUUAUGGAUAAAUACAAACCAUGGAUCAUGUGAAAUUCUGGUCUUCCUGCUACAGGAAGGAUGCUGUGAAACUUGUAAGAGUUCAGAAAAGAUUUACAAAGAUGUUGCCACGGGUGGAAGAUUUGAGCUAUAGGGAGAGGUUGAAUAGACUGAGGAAGUUUUCCCUGGAGUUUCAGAGGCUUUAUAGAGGUUUAUAAAAUCACGGGGGGCAUGGAUAGGGUGAAUAGCCCAGGUCUUUCCUCAGGGAGGGGGAGUUCAAAACUAGAGGGCACAGGUUUAAGGUGAGAGGGAGUUGAAUGUAGAAUUUGAGUAGGAAGGUGAAAGUAUUCUGUCUUACGAGAUUUUCAUUAUUAUUCAAUUUUCAUUACUCAAGUAAUAUCAGUUAAAUGAGUCUCUUAUUACCUUUUGAGAAGAUUGAAGAAAGGAAAGUAAAUAGAGAUAUUGUGGAAACAAGAUUUUUUUUAUAAGCUUCAAAAGAAAUGUACUAUUCUCACAAAGCAUUAUAAAGAAUUUAAAUUCUCUUUUUUUCAAUCUACAGGCAAUGUCACCAGAUGGGGAAGCCAUUGUAAGAUUUAAAAGGGAUCUAGGGGGCAACUUUUUGACAGAGGUUGGCGCGCGUAUGGAAAGAGCUGCCAGAGGAAGUGGUGGAGGCUGGUACUAUCACAAAAUUUAAAAGGCUGGAUUUAUGAAUAGGAAGGAUUUAGAGGAAUAUGGGCCAAAUGCUGG